AUGGAAUCGAGAUCGAGUAACCUGUCCAUCUUAGCCCCACCUGUGUUUGAUGGAGAGAAUUAUCAAGCACGGGUCGUGAGAAUGCAAGCAUACAUGGAGGGUUGUGAUUAUUGGGAAGCUAUCGAGGAAGACUACGAGGUGACUCCACUUCUAAAUAAUCCAACAAUGAACCAGAUCAAAAUGCACAAAGAGAAAACCACCAAGAAGGCUAAGGUAAAGUCUUGUCUUUAUGUUUCGAUUUCACCAGCCAUAUUCAAUAGAAUUAUGGCUUUUGGAUCAGUGAAGGAGAUAUGGGACUACCUCAAAGCUGAGUAUCAAGGAGAUGAGAGGAUCAAGAGCAUGAAGGUGUUGAACUUGAUCAAAAAAUUCGAGAGGCUACAAAUGAAGGAGUCUGAGUCAAUCAAAGAAUACUCAGACAAGCUGAUAGACAUUGCCAACAAGGUAAGAGUUCUUGGGACUGAUCUCUCUGAUUCUAGACUGGUGCAGAAGAUACUUGUCUCUGUGCCUGAGAAAUAUGAAGCAACUAUUGCCUCUUUUGAGAAAACUAAGGACUUGACUCAAUUGAGAGUAAUGGAGUUGAUCAGUGCUUUACAGAAUCAUCCCAAUUUCAGGUGUUGGAGAAGGCCAGAUGUGAAAUGCAGAAGGUGUAACUUGAUGGGGCACAUUGAGAGGUUCUACAAGGAACUGAGAAAUCAGCAGCAAGGUGGAGCACAUGCUGUAGUUAGAGAAGAAGAGGACCAUUUGUUUGUCGUCUCUUGCUUCUCAUCAAGCAUUUUAUGUGACAGUUGGUCAUUGAAGUCGAAAGUAAAGAUAGGAAAUGGAGAAUACCUAGAAGUGAAGGGAAGAGGCAUAGUAGCAAUAGAGAGCUGUGUUGGAACUAAGUUGAUUUCAGAUGUUCUGUUUGUACCUGAGAUUGAUCAAAACUUGUUGAGUGUGGGACAAUUGGUAGAGAAAAGAUUCAAGGUGAUGUUCGAAGAGGGAAUGUGCCUGAUCCUUGGCUCUAGUGGCAAUGAAUUGUUUCAGAUCAAGAUGCAGAAGAAGAGUUUCUGA